AUGGACCCUCUACCCAAUUUGGUGACCAAUUCACAGCUAUCGGUCCCCGAGACCGAAGCUGGGAGCAACCUAAUGGCGGCCAAUGCUCCAGACAAUACUCCAGAGAUAGAGUCGCCCAAUUUUCCCUCUAAUGCAAACCCGCUCGCCUCGUCCGAAUCAACGUCUCCAACUUCUCAGCCUCCGUCAAUCCAGCCUUCAGAAGAGAUCGAACAUGCAUAUUGGGCUGAAUACGAGGAGGACACAACGACUCCAGAUGAGGAGGAGAUGAAGGAGAUUGAAGGGGGUGACUCGGACUACAGUGCUGGGGAUCACGGAUACUGGGAAAACAACUUCUUCCGGGAACUCGGAGACCCCGAGUAUAUUCCCGCAGAGAAGGCUCGCCUGACGUGGACGUUCAAGGGUGUUCGAGGUACACCCGAAAACCCCAAUCGCGCCAAAACCAUUCGUUCCCCCGCAGCCUUUGUUGGCGGAUAUUGGUGGCGAAUCAAGUUCUAUCCUCGAGGGAACAAUGUAAAUGCCUUGAGCGUUUACCUCGAGUGCUCCACCACAAUGCCUACUCCGGACGAUACACUUCCAGAGACAGAAUUCUCCGUCCGGCGAGCCGCACCCGAUGCCUCUCUCGACGACAGCACUCCAGAAGUCCAUCUGAAAUCGGCAGCAACCGAUGAUGCGGCGGCCUGGCUCGAAGAUUAUAAAUCCCAGUAUCCUGCCGCUGGGAACGCCGCUCAAAGCAGUCAUGAUGGAUCCUCGGGCCCUUGGCGAGUACCCGCACAAGUUGGAGUCAUUGUAUACAAUCCGCAAGAGCCCCGGACAGGAUGGAUGCAGUCAUCUUGUCAUCAAUUCAACCCUCACAACCUAGACUGGGGGUGGACUUACUUCCACGGACCAUGGGAUCAAAUCCACUCCCGCCGUCGCGGUCAACACCGUGCCCUCCUGAACAACGAUACGCUCGCUUUCGACGCUUAUAUUCGGGUGGUCAACGACCCUACCAAGUCUCUUUGGUGGCAUCCAAGUGACUCCGAACCCACUUGGGAUAGCAUGGCCUUGACUGGCUAUCGUCCUCUGGGUGAUUCAGUCAUCAAUCACAGCCCAGAGGUAGCUGGGCUAGCUUCAUGGCUACACAUUGGCCCAUUUAGCAAGAUCAUUCAGGGUGUCGAUGUCCUUGAACACCUUACUAAUGCCGAUGCCAGGCCUAAGCCUCUUUGCAAUGCUCUCCAAAAGCUUCUCUGGCAGCUGCGCCGCCGGACACUUUCUCCAAGCUACGUCGAUACCGAUGCUGUCACAACCACUCUCCGGAAUUUGCACGAGUUUUCAAAUGACGUGUCUGAAUUCUGGGAGCGCCUACGCCGCUCCCUGGAGCUCGAGCUAAAAGGAACGGAGGCUGGUAAGGAGUUUGCUCGAUUGUUUGACAGUCCGAUCGUGAGCACCAUGACGUCUGAAACCGUGAACAUGUUGCCCACAGACUUCAACUCCCGCCUUUACAUGCCAAUUGACCAAGCUAAAUCAUCUGGCGAAGCUGUCAAGGGAUACCUGAGUACCAAGCCCGGGCGUUGGUCGCUCCCGCCAGUUCUCCAUGUGGAGUUUGGACGCCAUACUUUGGACAAGGCCAAGCGUUGGCAGCUGCGGUAUGACAAGGUGGACAUGGAUGAGGAGUUAGACUUGGCCCCAUGGGUGGUUGAUGGCCAGGGCAGUCAGUAUGUCCUCUAUGGCUACGUUGUCCACCGCGGCCGCCGUACCUCGGGCAAGUUUUUCAGCAUUCUUCGCCCAGCAGGCCCGGGUACCCCAUGGCUUGCUUUCGAUGACGGCAGCGACAACCGUGUAGAGUGCUUGACUCAAAAGACUGCCAUGGGCCCCCAUCUUGGUCUCGAAUCUUCUCAAUCCGUCGACCACAAGAAGGGGCACGAUGUACCCGUCGUUGCCAUGUAUGUCCGUGGCGACAUGAUUUCGGAGCUGUUGCCUGGCCCUCAGGGCCCUUGGGAGGCGUCCGAAGCCUUGAAGCGGUACUACGAAACUGGCGUGUAUCAGGCUGGGGACAAGCCUGCCGAAGAUGUCCAGGUUGAGGUUUAUUCGCUACCAGAGUAUGAUCAGUUGACGAGCCUGUUUGACACCUACGAUCUCAUGGCGCAAGCUAAGGCGAUAAAGAGUGUCAUGUAUAUGACUCUGCCCCGUUCAUCACGGCUGGUAGACCUGCGCAAGAAGAUCGCGCUAUGGAAAUCUGCAAGCUCUGAGCCAAUUGGCCCUGAACGGGUCCGUUUCUGGCAGAUAGGGGACUCCUCAGCCCCAUCUGGAUCAUCGCUGGUAUUUGAUAGUACUGCCAAUUUGGAUGUUCCACUGGAUUCUUCACUGAGCACCAUCCGUUUCUGGAUGCAAAUCAUCUCAGAGGAGGACGCUCAAUUCUUCGCAAUCCCAGACCCUCCUACAGUUGCCACUGCAGAUGACAAGGCCGAUGAUAGCAUUCUUGGAGUCUCAAUACCUGGAACCUCCGCUAAUGUGUCGUCUGUAGCAGAAGGUGAUGCCAUUGCUAGCUCAUCAGGAAACUCCCGCCGGCAGCCAGAUAUCACCUCUGAACCUGUGCCCUCCGAUGAAUCACCUCUGUUGGCCACUCCGUCCCAGGAGAAUGAUGCUAUUUCAGCUGAGAGGGCAGAGCAUGAAGUGGUACUCGCUGUGGCUACUGCUCACGACCAAGAAGCCGCGGUUGCUGGUUCGGCCACUUCAACAAUCGAAACCACCGAUUAUUCUCCCACUUCAGCCUCUGCAGCCGAACAACGCUCGAUAGAAUCUGCGCCUCAGGCAUCAACUGUCCCUGAAGUUAAGGUGCCUGUUGGUCAUGCAUACUACUUCAUUCAAUUGUUCGAUGCGGACAAACAGGUCCUUCGCACUGUAGGCUCGUUCUUCUCAAAGCUCGAUUCAAAUGUCAAAGCAUCGAUCAGGCGCCAUUUAAAGAGAAGUAUUCGUCAAGAUUUCCUCAUGUGGAAGCGAGUUGAUGGCGCCAAUGUCACCACGGUCUCGCCAGCGGACACGUUUGAAGAUGUGGUGGUUCCCCACGGAGCCUGCUUCAUCAUCGGAGACAAGUUGGCUAAAGACAAGCGCUCUCAACUUGCUUUUGCGGGAUCGUUCACUAGUCCUGACCGUCUAGUUCAUUACUUGUGGGCAGACUCUCGCAGUCAUCCCAUCCAGGGCUUCACCGGAAGCAAGACCAUCGAAGCCACCUUCACGAACGACUACUAUAGUGGUGACUUCCUCAAGGGGUACCACCAUGGUAAGGGCACGCACAUCUCCAGCACCGGCAUGGUCUAUAGAGGGGACUUCGUUUUCGGUCGACGUCACGGACAAGGAAAGCUUGACUAUCCCACUGGCGACUCCUACGACGGUGACUGGGUCGAGGAUGUCUGCCACGGGCAAGGCACCUAUAUCGAAAAAACAACCGGCAACAAGUAUGUGGGUGGCUUCAAGGACGGCAAGCGCCAUGGCAAGGGUAUCAGUUACUGGGAAGUGGCCGAUGCAGAGUUGGAUCUAUGCCAGAUCUGCUACACCGAAGAAAUGGACGCGGUCUUCGCUGAUUGUGGCCAUUUCUGCUCCUGUGUGACUUGCGCGAACCUCGUCAGUCUCUGCCCGAUGUGUCGCAAAGAUGUCAAAAAGGUGAUCAAGAUUUAUCGUGCAUAG